AUGUCCCUGGGGAGGAUCGCGACGGAUCUGCCUACGAGCUUUAGCUCGAAGACUGAUGUGCAGGCUCGUCGUUGCAGCCGAAUGCUGUGGUGGGCGAUUGAAAGAAAUGACAUUGCGACAACAGCUCUCACCCUCGGCCACCCCGACUUCAAUGUGAACCUGCCCGACCGUCAUGGUGAAACUCCGAUUACUCACGCCGCGGCCCGGGGGCGUACUUCUAUCCUACAGCUGCUUCUCCAUGAACCAGACGCCAACGUGAAUGCCACAGACAGUUAUGGAAAUACACCGCUGGCCCGAGCCGCAGAAGAAGGUUACAGAGAAGUGGUGGAAGUCCUGCUGGAGCAUCGAGACACCAAAAUCGACUCAAGAAAUUCGUUCAACGCCACACCUCUGGCGUUGGCAGCAGAAGGAGGACAUAAUGAAAUAGUGAAAUUCCUGCUUGGUCGCAAAGAUACUGACGCCGACUCGAUGGACGAUGAAGGAUGCACUCCCCUCGCACGGGCAGCUGCAAUGGGCCACGAAGCAAUCGUUCGCGUGCUUCUUGACCGAGUGGAUGUCGCGAUCAAUUCCAGGGAUAAGGACGGGUAUACACCUUUGGCGUGGGCGGCACGGAGAGGCCACGGUGCCAUUGUGGGGGCUUUGAUGGAACGGCAAGAAAUCGACCUGAAUUCGAGGGACCACGAUGGGGCAGAGAAGUAA